AUGAUAACGGUGACUGUAGAUGAUGUUCUGGAUUAUUAUAUGGUUGUGAUAAAUGUCUGUCAUUUGAAGCUGGAUCUCAAACCCAUAUUCAAUGUUUACAGUGUCAAAGUGGACUUUAUUUACUUACCAAUAGUACUGGCGUCAAUAGUCAGACAUAUCCAGAUUCCUUAUCAUUUUGCGUGCCUGAUUGUUAACUAGCGGGAUACUAAUAUGUUAAUGACCCUAAAUUUGGAAUUUGCGAAAAUUGUGGAGACCACUGUGGAUCAUGCAAUAUUGAUUAUGGCUGCGAAAUGUGCUUACCAUAGAAUGAGUACUAAGGAUGGGUUAAUACAAUUAACUCAACAAUCUCACAAGACUUUUAUUAAUGCUAGGAAUGUUAAAACAGUAAAUGGUGCCUUGAAUGCAAAUCCACAGAUCUUGGAAUUUGCACGCAAUGUUAUUCACUAUUCUGAGACUAUUCAAUUCCUGCAAAUGAUGAGCCUUAUAGUUGUGUUGAAAAAAAGCCACAUUAGAAUUCCGAUAACUGCAUUCAGGCAGCAUCUGUAGGAUCAGGAGAGUGCACAAUGUGUGAUGAUGGCUAUUUCAUUAAUGAGUUUAAUUUUUGCUCGAAAUUGCGAAGAGACAUUCGUUCUAGAUAAUGGAGAGUGCAAGGAUUGCAAUAGCGGGAAAAUUGCUAAAGCGAGUUUGAAUUACUACCCACAAUGUUCUAACUGUGAUUCAUCUGGAUGCUUAGGCUGUGUUAAUGGGUUCAAAGAUUCAAGUGGGAAUUGUGUUUCCAAGUGCCCAAAGGGAUUUUAUGGUUACAAAGACUUUAGCUAAAGAGGAAAAAUCGCGAAUUCCAUUUGUGUUGAAUGUCAUGAACAAUGUCUUGAAUCUAAAUCUACUUUGACUCUCUCAAUUGAUAUAUUCGUUCAACCACCACCAAACAUUGAUUUUGAUGCUACAGUCUAAACGGGUGAAAGAGAUAAUCCGUUUAUGGACAUUUAGGAUGCCAUAACAAGCAUGUAUGAGCGAUGUGCAGAUGUUAUUGAUACAUGCACAGUUACGAUUAAUCUGAUGAAAGGAACUCAUUGGAUUUUAAGAUCAACUAGAAAAUUCUAUAGGCCAAUAUCUAUAGACUCUCACUCUCAGAAUAUCAAACUUACAAUUACUCCACUCUAUUGUAAUGGAGACCCAGAUUGUUAUGAAGAUGAUACUGCUUAGGUUAUCAUAAAGAAUAAAGUUAGAGAUAGACUGAAUAUACCAGUAGGCCAAGGAUUAACUAUUAAAAAUGUUAUCAUUGAUAGUUUAGAUUCCAUGAUAGAUCUUGAUGUCCAAGCACCUUGUCUGAAGUUGCUAGAAGAUUGCUGCCAAAUAGACCCCAUAACUUUAAAAAUUCAAGAUGUCAAUACUUCAACCAGCUAUUGUUCUAAUGAACACAUUAUGAUAACUGAAGAAUGCAAUAUUGCAAAUGGAGGAUCUCUGAUAAAAUUCGAUAUUUCAUAGGAGACAGUUCUAACCAGAGUUCUGGAUCGACCACCAACACUAUUAAUUGAUGGGUGCCAAUUUAAGAACUUUAUCUUUGAUUUCAAUACUUUGAUAGAAACUAAUUCCUAUGGUGGGCAUAUCAUCAUUUAAAACUCAAAAUUUGAAAGAUUCUCUACUUGUGGCGCUGUUUUAAGAAAUUUCAGGAAAUUCUAUUAAGUCAACGAGACAAUGUCUUUUUCGAUUCUCUAUAAUUAUAAAAUUCGUUAAAACAGUUACUAGAAGCAAAUUUUUGACAGAUUAUUUGAAGAAGACAGAGCUUUUGUAGGCCAUUGCUUGACGGAUUGUGAAAGUUUGACAAUUUCCAAAACUAAUUUUACCAAAUUUGGAAUUGACAUUGUAGCUAAUAUUGAUGUAAAUGGUGAAUAAAUUGAAACUACAACACUGAUAAAUCCUGCUUUUGGAAUGCACCGAUAAGGAAAAAUAUUGCAUUUAGAUAACUUCAAUGGGCCUACAAAUAUAAGUGAGAAUAUAUUUGAAUACAAUAUACUUGGAUAUUAAAGCGGAUGCAAUAUUCUAGAAAAUGAAAAAAGCUUCAAAUACGAUAAGGAUGAAGACCCUGAUAUCAUUUUUUAAGAGGAAUAUCCAGCAAAUGAUGCAUACAAUAGCAGCUUUGCCCAAUUGAAGCAUUUGAUAAGUAUUUAAAAUUAGCUUGGGAGUAUCUAAAUUAGAAAAAAUACAUUCCAAGGAAAUUCUGUCAUUAAAGGAAUAAUAAACAUAGACGGUACAAAGAAUCCUGAAAAAAUUGAUCCAGAGGUUCAAGAUAUUUUGAUUGAGGAAAAUGUCUUUAAUUAGAACUUUGCAUAUCUAUCUACCAUUGCCAUUCAUAUCAGAAGAUACUUCAAAAGUUUUGAUAAUUAUACUCUCAAUGAUGGAUAUCUUCCAUGCGGAGGGGUACUUAUUAAUUCUAAUAAUUUCUCUAAUAAUUUUGGAUGUCCACUUUACGGUGGAAGUUUGAUUUAGAUGUCUUGCCAAGCCUAAGAAACUCUAGAUUAAUUUGAUUAACCAAAGCCUUUGGAAAUAACUCAAAAUAAAUUUAGUCAUGAUGAAAUAAUGAACCUUAAGGACAUAGUUUCUUAAGAUUUUGGGUCACCAAAUAAAAAUUAGUUUACGCUUAGCAACAACAAUUACUUUAAGAAUUAUGGAGGCUAUAAUGAGGGUAUGAUUGAUAUUAGAGGUAUGCUUUGGAUUUAACUUAAAAAUGAAAGCUAUAUUUAAAAUGGUGAGAAUGUGUAAGAAUCUACUAUUGCCUUGUAGAAAUUUAAAACAUCAGAUAACUAUAUUGCGUACCUUUAUAAGAAUCAAACUGAAAAUACAGAUUCAAGGAUGAGAUUAAGCAAAUUCUUCUAACCAUCUUGGCUUCCAUCUGAAGUUAUUUAAGAUAAUUUUAUCUACGAAUAAAACCUCAAUGCAACAAAGGGGGCAUUUAUCACUAUUGAAAGGUUCUUUGGCUUUGUUCAUUUUAUUGAUGUUGAUGUCUCUAGCUUUGCAGGUAUGCUGAAUAGCAUCUAUGCAAGAACUGAUUUAAAUCUCUAAAGGAGUUAUUACUUGACAAAUGAUAUUCCAGUGUUUGCCUAAACCAAUACCAUUAUUGGAUUUGAUUAGAAAUCUGAUCUAAAAGGAAUAAUCAUCAUUGAUAAGCUAUAGUAUUAAAAGGCUCCUAAUGCAGGCUUGAUAAUUUCUACAAAAUUCGAUAGGAGAACAAAUGCUAAAACGGUACAAAACUGUUCAUUCAAAAAUAUUAUAUCUAGAGCAGGAGGAGUUUUUCAUAUUGCAAAAGGCAAUAUGGGUGUUUUGUAAUUCUUAAAUUGCAAUUUCAUAAAUACUGAAUCUUACACUAAAGGUGGAAUAGUUUCAGUAAAUCCAAGUUGGAAUAGUCAAAAAUUAACAGAAGAUGGAGGAUUAACAACUUUGGCAAUUCACAACUGUAAAUUCGAAUAUAAUUUUGGUGUUAACGAAUAGCUUGAAGAUUUUCAUUAUUAUCCUUAUAGAAGUAUUUAUUGGAGUAGAUCAGGUUAUAUUGCUUUUAUUAACCAAAUUUCUCCUAUUAACCUUGAAAUUUCAAACAAUAUUGUCACUUAAUUUUACAAAUCUCACUAUUAUGAUAUUUAUGAAAAUAAUUAGUUCAUAUAAGCUAAGUAUAAUGAGAUUAGUGUAAAAUAAUCAGAUUAAAAAAGUUAUGGAACAGCAAUUGUUAUAAUAUCAAUGGUUGGCAUUUAAAUAAAUUCUAAUAAUAAUUUGUUUAUUGGAUGUAGAUAUGGCUAUUUAGGAGGAAUCUACCAUUUAAGUUCUGCUGCUGUUUAUUUUAAUGAUAUGUAUUCAGCUUACAUAAAUUCAUUUGCUUUUUACGGAGGAAUGCUCUAUUGUGAGGGAUGCUAAUAAAUAUCUAUUGAAAAUACUACUUAUGACAAUCUGUAAGACAGUGGAGGUUUCGCAUUUAUUUAUGGAAAUAGGACAGCAGUUAAACUGUCAAUUACUGAUUCAAGCUUUACAAGUGUUAAUUCUUCUUAGAAUAUUAAUGAUACUUUGAAAAUAGCUAAACUAAUUGAUUCACUUUAUGAUGGAGGGGGGGUAAUUUUUAUUCAAGGACCUGAUUUAGAAAUAGAAUUAGGAAACAAUGUUUUUAAAAAGAUUUCAACAAUUAAGAGUGGAGGUCUCCUUUUUGCAUAAAGUACAAAUGAGCUGAUUUUAACAUUCCAAAACUAGAAUAUUGUGAAUGCUUUUGCAACCGAAUAGGGAGCUGUCAUGUAUGCUGAAUCAUUGCAGCAAGUUUUAACAGCUACUUUUGAGGAUAAUGUCGUAUUAUGUAAAGAAGAAGUAAAUUCAGAUUAAAUUAAAUCCUUCCUGGCAGAUUAAAAGAGACCAGGAUCUGAGAGCUAUCAUGCAUUUCAAUUUAUUACAUUCUUAGACUCUACCCUGACUUCAAAAAGAAAUAAAAUUUCUAAUUGUGGAAUAACUAAUUAUUCAUCUGAAGGUACAUAAUACAUUGGGAGCGGAGGAGUCUAUAAUUUAGAUGGGAAAAAGGGAUUUUUAACAUUCGAAGAUUCUUUUAGCAAUUACUCUAAUAAUUCAGCAUAUUAUGGAGGAGUAUAUUAAUGUGGAUAGUGCGCUCUAAAUUUAAAUUCUAACCUAUAUAGUAAUUAAGUUUUAAUUGAGGAUUUAGGUGGGCUAUUGUUUACUGUUAUAUCAAGCUAUGAAUUCAGUUUUCUAAGUAAUUAAGUCAAAUUCUAUGAUAUUUAUGUGGAUGUUGAUUAAUAAAAUUACAAUGAUAAUGAUAAAUUAACUAACGAUAAUAUUUAUCAACUAAUGUAUGUAAAACAAAUUAACACAGUCAUAAUCAAAGAUAAUACUAUAAAUGGAUACCUUGACUUGGGUGUUUUGAAAUACUUGAAAGAUUAUAAAAAAGAGUUCAGGACAAUUCUAUUUAAUGAAAGCAUAGUUUAUAAAUUUUAAGGACUUAUUUCUGUUGAAGAUACGAAAAUAACUACUUUAAAAAGUAAUGUUAUCCAGAAUAUAUCUAUAAAUAACUAUGGAGUUGUUAAAAUUUCUAAUUGCAAAAGUUUUUCAGAUGAAAAUUCAAUUUACGAAAACAAUACUGCAUUGAAUGGAGCUGGAAUGACUUUAAAACAAGUCAAUGGGAAUAUGACUUCAAACCAUUUUAUAGGAAAUAGUGCUUAAUAUGGAGGUUCAAUUCAAAUUCUAGAUUUUACAGUCAUUUAUAUGUCGGAUUUAAAAUUCCAGUAUAGCUAUUCUUCAAAUGAAGCUGGGUGCAUACUAAUCAAAAAGCUAAAUCCCUCAAUUUAAUCUGGGACAUUGAUAAGUCUUUGGUAUAGUGAAUUUUCUGAUAGUUAUGCUGAGAAAGAAGGCGGAGUCUUUAGGUUAGAAGAUAAAAAUUUAGAAUUAGAUUUUCAAAUGAACACUGUCUAUAGAAGUGGUACAAGCCAAAGUUUCCUAGUGGGUUCAGGUGGUGUAAUUUUUGGGGCUCAAUAUAAGCAGCUUUCCAUCAUAAAUAACGUAAUUAAGUCUUCAAAAGCUUACGAAGGUAUCUUUAUAACUUCUACUUCAAAAUCCUCAUAAAUAAACAUGGAAAACAAUCUAUUUUACUGUCAAGAAUAUUCAAAGGCAAAAUCAAAGAUAUAUUUGAAUCUUAACGGUGGAAUUUCAAAGUAUAAAAGCGCUUUUUCUUUUCAAAACCUCAAUACUUCUUAUUCUACAAAGAACUAGUUUAAAUACUGCUAUGAUUCAUAUUCUGGAGGAGCUAUCAGUCUAUUCAACAGUCAACUUUAAGAUGAGGGGUCAACUUUCUAAAUGAAUAGCGCUAUUUUCGGUGGGGCUGUUUAAGUUUCUCUAUCAAAUUUGACGCUUAAUGGAACAUAAUUUAUUGAGAACUACGGCUAAGAUGGUGGAGCAAUAUCAAUCGACAAUCUUGGUUAUUUGAAUGUAAUUUUUUUAAUUAAUCAAAUUAGUGUAUCAAUUGCUUAUUCAGUAAAAAUUAAGCUGUAAAAAAGGGGGGAGUUAUAAAUCUUGUUACAAAAUCAUACUUUAUCAUCAGCAAUUCAAUAUUCAGAGGAAAUUAAGCAGUUGAAAACUCUGCUAUUAAUGUCCUAGAAUCUAGUGAAGACUUACACAAGAUAGGUAUAAACUGCUUUGAAAUAUAAUUGCAGGGGGGGUUUUAUUCACGCUAUUAUGAGUAGUAAUCUAACUGUCAUAAAUUCAAUAUUUUAAUAUGGCUAUACUCUUUAUGGUGGAUCUAUGUAUGUAUCGGGAGGAUCAAUGAAAGUUGAUAAAAUUCCUUAAGCAGGAGGUUCAAUAUUUUGUGUUGACUGUGGAAAUUUCUAUAUAACUAAUAUUAUAUCAUCAACUUUUUCUAAUUCAUAUUCCUAAUCUGCUGGUGGAGCUGUUUAUCUCAAUAAUCAGUUUAGAGUUUUGUUCCAAGCUAAUACUUUAAAUUCUAAUUAUGCAAGAACAUAAGGAGGUGGCCUCUAUAUGGACUGUCUUACUCCAUUUGAUUGCAAGUAUAACAUGCUGGAUACAAACAAAUUCUGGAAUAACUUUGCUAAUAGCUCUGGAGGUGGAAUUUAUUGGAGCGAUGUCCAGCCUACUUUAGUAUCUGGCUCUAGCUAUGAAUUCAAAGAAAAUAAAGCCUUAAUUUAUGCAGAUGAUAUUGGCAGCUAUCCAUAGAAACUAGUAUCAUUGACAUAAGAAUAAUAUUAAGCUCAAUUACUUAGAUCAAGUGGAAAUUAAAAACUAGAUAGUACUAGAAGAUUAAGAGAUCUUUAGGUAUCAAAUAGUCCAACAUCAUCAUCAUAAGACUCUCAAAGAAGUGGAGAUGCAUUACCAACUAUGUAUAUUGGAUUAGCAGAUGCUAUGGGAUAAAUAGUUGGAACGGAAAGUAGUAAAAAACUUGAUGUAUCUUUGAAGGGUACUUUAAGUAACGGAUCCAAUUCAAUGAAGUAUUCAGCAACAAUUGCUGGUACUACAACAUUCUACUCAAUAAAUGGAGUUUAUGCAUUAAAGGAUAUCGUCUUUACUGGAGCCCCUGGAGAGAAUUAUCAACUAUCAUUCAAUUCUGAUGGUAUUGAUCCAGAUAAGCCUGCAAACAAAGAUUCACUAAAUCAAAGUGCUUAAAAUUCAACAGCAGCAGUUCCUGAAUUCGAUCUCAAAAUAGGGCUUAGAGAAUGUUAAGUAGGUGAAAAGUUUACUGAUGCUGGGGCUUGUGAUCAAUGCCCAAUUGAAAAAUCUUAUUCCUUAGUCAAAAUGACUGAACCAGGGCAAUGUAAAACUUGCCCGACUGGCAAAGCUGUUUGCAAUGGUGGAUCUGAUAUUGGGCCUCAGCCUGGCUAUUGGAGAAAAAAUAAUGUAACAUCAACUUUUAUCAAGUGCUUUAACUUCGGAGCUUGUUUAGGUUUGGUUUCCCCUUAAAAUGAUCCAAAGGGUUCAUGCUAUACUGGCUACGAUGGCAUUUUAUGCACAGAUUGUGAUCCAGGCUACUCUGUAACAGGCUCAUUUUAGUGCGGAAAAUGCCCAGAAUAUGCAUAAAAUGUUUUUAGAAUAGUAGCCAUACUAAUAGUAGGAGUAGUAGUUAUUGUUUUUAUGAUUCGCUCAACUCUAUAAGGUGCAGCAGAUGUGAAGAAUAUCACAAGUGUUUUCUAAAAAAUCCUGCUAAACCAUAUCUAGUUGAUUGUGCUUACUGCUUCAUUUGACUUUAGCUGGCCCUAGAUGGUAGUGAACUACUUCAAGACAAGUGAAACCGUAGGUGAGGCUUCUAAUCAAAUAUUUUCCAUUGAUUGCUUUUUAAAUGAAGAUAAGGGUUAUGGCUUAAAUGACGAAUCUUCGAAAAAUGGUUAGAGCGCAUAAAAGUUCGGAAUCAGGAUAUUUUACAUCAAACUUGCUAUGUUUGGAAUGCUUCCAUUCCUAUUGAUGCUCAUUUCUUCUUUAUUCUGGUUUUUAUUAUACCACAAGUCAAGUGACAAAGAAAUUCGACUUACAAAUUGCGUUGAUAUUGACGGAGACUCAAGAGUUAAAAAUGAUUUGGAAAUAUUAUGUUACACUGGUGAGCAUAAUAUCUGGUCUAUGGCUGUAGGACUACCAAGCUUAAUUGUUUGGGGACUUGGAAUUCCUUUAUUUGCAUAUAUUUUAUUGCUAAGAGAACAUAAAUCACUUGAUACUCUAAUGACUCGUUAAAAAUAUGGGUUUUUGUACAGAGGAUUUAAGAGAAGAUUUUACUAUUGGGAGAUAGUUAUUACUUACAGAAAGAUUUUCCUAAUUUUUAUUUAAGUAUUUCUUGUCUAGCAAGGAGUAAUAACAUAGGCGAUGAUGGUGCUUUUGAUGCUAAUAUUUUUCAUGUCAAUAAAUAUUACAAAGUAGCCUUUUCAAACUAAGACUCUGAAUGAGCUUGAAACUUUAUCUCUAAUUACAUCACUAUUAAGUAUCUUUUGUGGGGUAUUUUUCAUAGUAUCAGUUGAUUCAACUGAUAUCGAGAGUGGUCAAUCAACUUCAGACUCCUAAGGUAAAUUAAUCCAUAAAUUAAACAAGUAUGAAAUGCAAUUAGAGGCUGCAAGUGUUAAAGAGGAAAAUGAGAUUCUGAGAGAGAAAUAUCAAGAUUAAAUGAAAUAACUAUCUGAAAUGUGUGAUACUGGUGAGAUACUAUUAAACAAAAGAAAUCUAGAGAAAUUACUUAGCCAUCUUAGCAAAGACUCUCUAUUGAAAAUGAUAAGAAGAAAUAAAGAUUCCAUUGACUAGUCAAAUAUCUCCUAAUAAGCAUAAAGGAUAUAAAGGAUAAAGAGAACUACUCAGUCCUAAAUUGAAGAUUCUAGAAUUUUGACUCAAUCCGUAAAAUAAGUGGGUUUAAGGAAAAAAAGUAAUAAUAAAAAAUGUGAUUAUAAGCAAUUGCAAAUUACUUCAAAAGAAUUCGCUGAGAAGCAAACUGACUGCUAAAGUAUAACAUAAAAGCAUGUAAAAGAUAAAAAGAAAAAAAGCAUUCUUAAAAAUUCCCCAAAAAGAAUCUUAACUCAAGUAGACACUGAGAAAUCGAUAAUCUUAUUUAAUUAACUUAGCAAUUCAAGGUUUAAUACUGAAAGUCAGAGAGAUGAUGAAAAUAUUGUACUAACAGAUUCAGGAUUAAUGGCAGAAGGAGAGGAAGGUAUAAAUCAUGAUUUUGGAAAUAAAUCGAAUCAUUAGCCUUUGUAUAACCAAAAUUAGGAAGAUAUAAUUUAUUCUCAAAUGGAAAAUGAAAUUGCAGGAUCCGAGUAUAUUCCUGUUAAAGCAAAGAUUACAAAGAAAAAAACUGGAAGUUAAGUUUAGAUAAAAAAAGAAAAUUAGAUUGAUUAGUUUAUAUAAAAACGAAAGACCUAACUUGCACAUCAAGAUAAUCUAUAAGUAGUGUAAAAAUCAAAGUAACGAGGUCCUUAAAAAAAGAAAUUCAAAUUUUUAGCUGAAUCUCCUAGGGAGGAUAAUUAAUACAAGAAACUAAGAGAUGAGCAAUUGAAAUCUAUUGAUAGGGAAAUCAAUUUGAAAGAUGAGCAUUUUCUAACUAAAGAAGUAGAUGAGAAUCCUCUGAAGGAAAAAAAUUAUGAAGUGCAUCCAGGAAAAGCAAAUAAAUCAUUUCUGAGCAACUCAGAUGAAUGGGAAUGCAAUUAAUAAGCCAAAAACUCAUCAGUUGAAAUUUAAUCUAGAAACACUUAAUCAGAUUUAAUAAUAAAUAGAAAUAACUAGAAUAAAACAUGA